CCAGUUUGUUGCAGAUUAAAGAAGGAGAAAAAAUCUAUGGGACGAUUCCCUGAAAUUGAGAUUCUCUCUUCCUCCAUGCCUCCAUUAAUGGUAAGCAGUUCUUACGGCGAAGGGGGUUGCUUAAGAUUAGGAUCUACGACCUAAAGGAGGCGAAGGGUCGAAUGCUUAAUGGCGUCUCCUGGCUUGCAGAUUAAAAAAAAUGUGAGAACACGGCGGUUGGUUCCUUUAUAUAAUUUUGUUUGAAUUCAACGAAGAAAGCAUUCAAUAUCAGCAAGAAGAAGAGCUGGUGUAUCUUAAAUUUUUAACAGGCACGAUUCAAAAUACCGUGUAACAAGGGGAUCGAUCGUCUUGGUUCUAAAAUAUCUACACAUGAUUAGCCAUGUUUGUGAAGCGAUUAAUUCUAGAAGGUAGCUAAGGUGGAGCCAUUUUUAUAUUGGUUUUCCAGAAUCCAUUGCCACCAAUAUCUGAUUAGGAGUUGCAGGUAAAGGUCUGCUGACGAAGACUGCACUUCUACAGCCAACCGCAGAUCCAAAUCAAUGCCACCAUCAGACGGUCAGAAAGGCAGGAAAAGAAUAGUUGCAAUAAUAGAGGAAUUGGCUUUCAAUUGAUUUCAUUUUCUUAGGACCAAGACAGUCUUAACAGGAAAGAAGAGAAAAGACCCAGAGAAGGAAGCGGCCUGCUCUGCGGUUGGUUGGUGCGUGUCUAAGGCGAGGAAAAAGAAGGAAAGGGAAGGAAGGAAGAAGAUGGUGGCAGUUUUCAACAAAGAACUUCUCAGUUGGUAUCUGAUAACGUUGAAGCUCCGGGAGACGGUUCAACAGAAUGUCGCCAAUGGACUCGAGGAGGAACCGGUGGACGAGGAGCAACCAGAGACUGUGAUUUCGGAACCAGAUCCAGAGUGGGUGAUCACCAUCAGGGAGAAGUUGCAGCAGUCUCUCGAGGAGGACAGCUCUGCUUCAUGGGGAAAGCUCUGUAUUUACAGAAUACCCAAGUGCCUCCGCGACAGCGACGACAACAAGACCUACGUCCCUCAGAUCGUGUCUCUUGGCCCUUACCACCAUGACAGGAAGAAGACCUUCCGGGAUAUGGAGCAUCACAAGUGGCGGGCCCUCCGGCGCAUACUUGAGCGCACCAAGCAAGACGUCCGGCAAUACUUCCACGCCAUGAAGGACUUGGAAAAGAGGGCUAGAGAGUGCUAUGAAGGAAUCAUCAGCCUCGGAAGCGAUGAGUUUUGCGAAAUGAUGAUGCUUGAUGGCUGUUUCAUCCUGGAGCUUUUCCGCGGUGCAGUCGAGGGAUUCACAAACUUGGGCUACUCCCGAUUCGAUCCUGUAUUCGCCAUGAGAGGCAGCAUGUAUUCCAUACAGAGAGACAUGAUCAUGAUGGAAAACCAGCUACCCUUGUUUGUCCUUGAAAGGCUCUAUGCCCUGCAAGAAGGUGAUUCGAACAAAGGAUCCAUGGUAGCUAAGCUUGUACUCCAAUUCUUUGAUCCCCUUAUGCCCAAUGAUGAGCCCCUAGUCUGCAAUAGAUUCCAAGCAGCAGACGUCUUUGAUCCUCUAACAGAAGGAGGACUCCAUUGCCUGGACGUCUUCCGCAGGAGCCUUCUCAGAAGCGGCCCCUCCGAGCCUGUUAAGGUGCCGAAGGUCUGGCGCCGGCGGCGAUCUCGAACGGUCCACGCUGCAGACAAGCGACGGCAGCAGCUGGUGCAUUGCAUCACUGAGCUAAGAGAGGCAGGGAUCAAGAUCAGAAAGAGGAGGACAGACAGGUUCUGGGAUAUCAGGUUCGAAAAUGGAUUUCUGCGGAUGCCAAGGCUGCUGAUCCAUGAUGGGACAAAGUCACUCUUCCUCAACCUGAUUGCAUUUGAGCAGUGCCAUCUUGAUUGCAGCAACGACAUCACUUCCUAUGUCGUCUUCCUGGAUAACCUCAUCAACUCAUCCGAUGACGUGAGCUACCUCCAUUACAGGGGAAUUAUGGAGCACUGGUUGGGGAGCGACGACGAAGUUGCAGAUUUGUUUAAUAAGCUGUGUGAGGAAGUCGUGUUUGAUAUCAACGAGAGCUAUCUUUCUACACUGUCUGAACAGAUGAAUGACUACUAUAACCACAGAUGGAAUACAUGGAGAGCUACCCUGAAGCACAACUACUUCAGCAAUCCUUGGGCAAUCCUUUCCCUCCUGGCUGCAGUUGUCCUGCUUCUUCUCACUUUUGCACAGACUUUCUACACAGUAUACGCUUAUUAUAAACCUCCAAACUAGAGGAAUUCGUUAUCAUCAUUGGUGUUCUUUCAGUUUUUCGCCGUGAUGCCUCGUGCUACAAAACAUUGAAGGUUUGUUUGUUAAUCUCUUUGGGAUGCACAGUUUGAUGGGAGUGCAGAUAAUGGUUGUCACAAAUUUGACAGAAAAGAAAAUAAAAUUUAUUCGUGUGAUGAUUUCGUGAAAGAAUUGGUAUUCUUUUCAUCCUCAUAAGAGUGUUCGUUCAAUGAUCAAGUUAGUCCUGUUCCUCACUCUUGGGCCGAUUUUUUCACUGGGUGACUUAGAAUGUGGCUCUACAUUUUGAUCCAUGCGAUGGAAGAACAGAGAAAAAGAAUUUCUUGCAGUUUGACGUGAACAAUGGGAAGAUGGCAUCCGUGAAUGGUGUUAAUUUGAAGACCGUGAGUCAAAUCUCUGCACUGCUGUGAAGCGCCUCUGAGCUUCCCAUGUUAUUGCUCUGAGAAAGCAUAGAAGUUGGAGCUCACCUGCAGUUUACCUUUCAAGAAGCAGCCAAUAAGCGGUCUGGUUCUUUGGAAGCUUCCUCAUUUGAAAAAAAAAACAAGAACCGGAAAGAACAGUGACAGUUAGCCGUUUUAAAUAUUUAUACAUUCUUUGUACAGUGGUUAGAUCUUUUUGGGAGAAUUGUCUUAUUUUUAAUGCAAUUUGCUUGUGCUAGCAUAGGAAAAAAAAUAAGAAGUUGGUGUGGUUUUGCUGUUUUCCGUGCACCUGAUAAAGUAACAUGUUCCUUCCAUUUGGAAGUGGUAUGGUUAGACUUACAGACAUGCAGACAUCAGAUUUCUGGUUUUAGGCG